GGUUCAUUUCUAUUUAAAGAACUUAGGAAGCUUAAUUUCUAUUUAAAGAACUUAUAAUGUUUAAAUUUAUUUAAUUCGCUUUAUCGCCGGUGGGGGAGAGGCGAAAUAUAUGAUUUAGCAUGAUUAAUUGCGUUGAGCAUGUUUUAAUUAUAAUUAAGCAUGAUAGUUUCGCCGGUGGGGGAGAGGCGAUUAAGUAUGAUUGUGAUUAAUUGGAGUUUGGGCCGCCGGUGGGGGAGAGGCGGAGGCGGUAGCAAUGACUACCGCCUUGGUUUUGUUGUUGUGUUGAAAUUUCAAUCUUCAAUCAUCCUUCUUGAAAUCCUAAUCUUGGAGGUCGAGAGGCGAUUGGCAGAGCUUCGCCAAACACAGGAAGAGGUCACGCCCGUAGAUGUAGAGCGCAUCUUCCGAGAGGUCGUCGCUCCUGAUUCGAGGGGGCGCAUCAUGGGAUUAGGCAUGAUGAUGUCUAGGGCGAUUACUGAGAGCGGCGAGUCGUCGAGCACGCACUCCACUAGCACCUCCCAGUUUCCUUUCCCUGUUGCCUCGAGAGAUGAGCUCAUUACAUUGAGGGAGGAGCUGAGCUCCACACAGAGGGAGCUAGAGGUCAGGAGAGCGAGCGAGGAGGCUCAGAGCAAGGCUAUACAGGAGAUGCAAGCCCAGAUCGCCCUCCUCAUGCGAGGAUAUCAUGCACAGUCCCCCUCCGACGCCUCUGAUGGGACCCACCCGGACCUCUGAUUAUAUUAUUUACUAUCGUUUGUUUGAUACUAUACUUUGAAUACUGAAUUUCUAAACUUGUUGACAUAUUUUAUGAUUUGCUACUUUGUU